CAAUCAAUGCUUAUCAUUCAUAGUAUUAGUAUUAGUAGGGCUAACCGAUAAACCGAUAGGGAAAAUGAGUUUGCUCCUUUUUACAGCUUGCCUCUUGUGCUUAACUUACGAGGUCGCUGCAUUGAACUGUAAGAAGGAAAGGGCGAACGAGAAAGCAAUAAACGAGUUGGGCUUGGAAUCUGACGACUAUCGAGAGUGGAAUUAUGUUCCUGACUGUCAAGAUAAGCCGAAUGACAAAUCAUGGAAACCACACCAGUGCAAAGUACACAAGACCAACAAGAGACUGAAAAGAUGUAAAUGCGUUGAGUCAGACGGUACUCCCAUCACUGACUUUGCUGCUAAACUCAAUAACAAGAAAGUGUGCAGCUCCACCAAGUGUGAUGACGUUUCUCUCGUUAGAGACUACACUUACGAGAUGAUGAUUGCGCAAGGAAUGAUUGUGGACGCUUUCCAUUUCCCCCAAUGUCAAAGCAGGAACAGGAAGAAGUGGGCGGAGGAGCAGUGCUUGAUGGGAUUUAUUCGACACUGCUGGACAGUGAACGUCAAAACCGGAGAGAGAAUCGAAUAAGCUUGUGCCAUGGGAAUUAUGGACAGAUUUUAGGCUUAAAAGCCUAUGCCGUAUAUGUUGCAAAAAUAGCAACUUAUUACCCUAAAAGUUUCUUAUAAACUGAAAAUAAACUUAAAAUAAUUUGCUCAUCGUGUUAUUAUUUUGAUUUAUUGUGGGAAAGAACUAGCCUUUCAUUUUGCUGUUUUACUUAAGAAUCUUGAAAAGUAUAAUUCUAUUUCUUACAUGCGUAAUGAGUUAGAAAUGAAAAUAUAAAAUGAGAACAUAUCCACACCAAAAUGAGUUCACUGUAGGAAAAAUUCAAAAGAUGGCAUUACUGAUCACCCCACUGAUUCUGGUAUUAAACUAAUUACAGCAUUACAAAUCUAUUACAUUUAUUGAGGAUAUUACAGAAGGAAUAUAUGUA